AGGAAUUUGCAGGUGGCUUUGCGCUAUUUCACACGUCCCUGAAUUAGAGAUAAUGAAGAAAUAAGCGUUAGAAACAAAAACUCGAGCAAGGUGGAGAUAAAUUGGUUGGAGAUAACUUGGCUACAACGUUAAAGAUGAGCUUUGCGCAGUGGCCAAUUGCUGGCUGGCGUGAGGCGCAUGUCUCGGGGCGCCUUCUGCUCAAGAGCCAUCAGCAGACUGUGUCUUUCAUCCCUUCAGGUCUGCCCCUUUCCAACUCAGGAUAUUCUAUGAUUCUAAGUGUGGCGCCCAGCAUUUGGCCUUGAAUGCCACGCAGCUGGAUGCGGCCCGUCGAUCCAGCCUGUCCAGAUCCCUCUGCAGAGCCUUCCUGCCCUCAAGCGGAUCAACCCUCCUGCCCAGCUUGGUGUCGCCCGCGAACUUACAGCGCCCGGACGCCUGGGACCCACCCAGCCCAGGCGCGUGUCACAAUGGGACCCUUUGUGACAUCCCUUGGUGACACGCCAGGGGUCCGCCUUAUAAGAGUGCAGCCGUGGCUCGGACCCUCAGUGUCGGUGCACGGCAGUGACGGACAGGGCAGGAGCACAGGGCCUUCGAGGAGUCCCUGAGCACAGCCCACGUCCCACAAUGCCGCAACCGCCCGCCCGCAGGAGCCGCCGUUUUAUCCUUGUGAGCUCUCCCACUCCAGAGACUCUUUCUGAAUCUGAUGAGGAGGGAGAUAUCCCCCCCAGACAGCCCAGGCUGGCCUGGCAGGAGACCUGGUCUUCUGAGGGCAGCAACCUGCCAGCAGAGGACAGCUUGCUGGCAGAGGGCAGCAGCCCGGUAGUGGACAGCAAGGAGGAGUCGCAGCCGCUGGAUCCCAAUAAGGCAUGGAAACUGUGCAAAGACUCGGCCAUGGAAUUCAUCGAGGCUUAUGUCAGCAGCACAAAAAAGGACAAGGAGGAGCAGAAGAUGCUGUUCCUCAGCAAAAUCUGCGCUCUGUGCAGAACUGUUACAGAGAAGGGCUUGUCGCUGGACUUGCAUGCCUUCUGCUGCAAAAAUAAGCUGGUGGAGAACAUCAUGGCGCUGCUGAAAAAGGAGCCCAUGGACAGCUUGCACACAGAAUUUCGGCAGAAGACCAUGGAGACUCUCACCGUCCUCAGCAACACCGUGCCAACAGCACUGCAUGGCAAAAAGGAGAGUCUCCGGAAUGCGUGCUACAGGAGUGUCUUCUUUCUGCCUCCGGAGUCCAAUGUGCCAGAGACAGAAAGAGCGCUCUACACCAAGACUAUGAAUGCCAUGGACCCCAUGCUGGCGGCCUUCGUACGCAGCUGUCCCACCGCCAGCGUCAGCACAGAGUUGCAGAAUAUCUUGGAGGUGCUGCUGGACUUUGCUGGCUCCAAAAACUCAGCUGUGCGUGAGAGAGCUGUGACGAGGAUUGAGAGGCUGAGCACUUUCAUCCUCUCGUAUUUUGUGGCCAAGAUCUCAGACUACAAUGAAAAAUACAAGGACAGCCACGAUGAUCCCAGAAAGCUCUACAUCCCCAUCCUGGGCCAGCUGCUGGGACACCUCUUCAUUGUCAGCUGUGGCACAGAUUCCAUCAGUUGCACAGCUUUGGAUGCUCUUUUUCGCUUCUACAAAAUCAUCUCAGAUGGAAGAGAAUGCUCGCUGACAAAGGACAUGGAAAAUUAUGCAGAGACACACAAGAAUUUGAAGGAUGCAACAUUUCCAUUUAUUAUAAUGUCCUUUCCAUGUGAGAUUGCUGAGGUGUUUGGAGGAUACCUCUUCCCUUCUGAGAGGCUGGACGUCAUCCUCACAGCCCUUGAAGCUUUACAAGACUCCAGCAUCCAUGACAAGCAGGGGGCCUGCAGCGUGCUGGACACAGCCUUGGAGGACCCUGACUACUGGCUGACAGAUGUGCCAAUAAUCAUGGAAUGCAUCAGGAAAAACCUGGACAGCAUCCACACGGCAUCAGCACGGCGCUGCCUGGACUCCCUGCUUCUCCAACUGACCAACCAGAUGUCCAGGGAAGAAGUCAAGAACCUGCUGCAGUUCUCUCCGCCAAGUGACAGCACUGCCCUGAGCAUGUGGGAGGUGAUUCUGGCCAUGCCGCAGACCUUGGAGAAGGUUUUAAACUUGCUGAUGGAAGACUUGCCACUGUGCGACUGGUGCACGGCAGUGACAGAAGACACCUGCAUCCGUCGCUUGGCUAUGCUGGCCCAGAAUCACAUUUCUGAAGAGGAGUUUGGUAACCCAGUGCACCUCCUGAGUUACCUGAAGCACCCAAGCCCAGCGAUGCGCUUGAUGGUUCUCAAAGGGCUCUCCACCGUGUCAGAGAGCCCUGAGAAGGCAAGAAAAAUUCAGGUCGUGCUGCCAGACAUCCUGGAGGCCCUGCAGGACACCAACACAGACGUCGUGCUGAAGGCCCUGCUUGUGCUCAGAAUGUGAUGGCUCAUGUGGA